AUGGUUUAUGGGUGGCCUAGCACUGGAGGCUUCUAUAUGUUGCAAUGCGACGGCGUAGACCUCGAGUUCCUUGGCGUUGACCGCCUCGUCCCAACACCGCGGAGCGAUGAUCCAGCGGAGGAGGAUACUCACUGUAUCAACAUGCGCAAACUCGGUGCCAAGUUUUACCAAAGUGAUUGGGAUUACUAUCUCAAGACCACCACACACGAGGAUCUUCAGGAUCGCUAUCAAAAAGCGAUGGAGCUUGGCAAAGAUAAUUUCUUCGCGGCUGAAGAGGCCAAUAAGGCCGCCGAGAAGUUCAUCAAGGUUUUUGGAUGGCCGACAACCGGUGGAGUCUGGGCAUUGAAGGUGCCCACGGACAAAGUCCACUCGUUUGGCAUCAGAAACGCCUUCACGAUAGACGAAAAGUGUCGGGCGAUUGAGAUGAUGGGGGGAGUCUUUUAUGCCGACCCAAACGAGUGCCCAGAUUUGGACCUUGUAUAG